CUCCCACACACGUGACUGAUCACAUGGUGUAAGGUCCUGUAGUUCCGCGUUGUCUAGUGGCUAGUAACGGCCAUAGAUACAGAAGCAGCAUCCAGCAUGACCCAGUCUAUAGUGGUGCAAGUUGGACAGUGUGGAAACCAAAUUGGCUGCAGGUUCUGGGACCUUGCCUUGAGAGAACAUGCUUCAGUUAACAAGAAAGGAAUAUAUGAUGAAGCACUAUGCAGUUUUUUUAGAAACAUCGAUUCGAGAGCUGAUGCCGGCGGAGCAGAUGUUCAAAGAGGAAAGAUUUGUUCACUUAAAGCGCGUGCUGUUUUAAUAGACAUGGAAGAAGGUGUGGUUAAUGAAAUACUACAAGGGCCACUUCGAGACUUGUUUGACAGCGCGCAGUUUAUUACUGAUGUAUCGGGAUCAGGAAAUAAUUGGGCGGUUGGCCACAAGCUGUAUGGUUGCCAGUAUCGGGAACAAAUAGUGGAAAGGAUAAGGAGGACAGCAGAACAGUGCGACUGCCUGCAGUGUUUCUUUGUGGUUCAUUCCAUGGGAGGAGGCACAGGUUCAGGUUUAGGUACAUUUGUAUUGAAUGUACUGGAGGAUGAAUUCCCUGAGGUAUACAGAUUUGUCACAUCUGUCUAUCCAUCAGCUGAGGAUGACGUUAUCACAUCUCCGUACAACAGUGUCUUAGCCAUGAGGGAGCUUACAGAACACGCUGACUGUGUGCUGCCCAUAGAAAAUCAAUCAUUAGUUGACAUAGUGAAUAAAAUUCAUCAGAUGGCAAAUUGUGGAAAGCUUGGUGCUGUGAAACCAAAUAGUCUUGUUACUUCUAAUAAAGGGGGCAUUAAAGAAAGUGAGAAGCCAUUUGAUGCCAUGAACAACAUAGUGGCUAAUUUACUCCUCAAUCUGACCAGCUCUGCAAGGUUUGAAGGGCCGCUAAAUAUGGAUCUGAAUGAAAUCACAAUGAACUUGGUCCCAUUUCCACAUCUCCAUUACCUGACGUCAAGCUUGACGCCACUCUACACACUGGCUGAUGUUAAUGUGCCUACAAGAAGGUUGGAUCAGAUGUUCUCAGAUGCCUUUAACAAAGAUCAUCAGUUGAUUCAAUCAGAUCCUAAACGCAGUCUGUACCUGGCAUGUGCUUUGAUGGUUAGAGGAAACGUCCAUAUAUCAGACCUCCGCCGAAAUAUUGAACGGCUGAAGCCUUCCCUGCAGUUUGUCUCUUGGAACCAGGAAGGAUGGAAGACGAGCCUGUGUUCUGUCCCUCCUGUUGGUCACACCCAUUCCCUCCUUGCGCUAGCGAACAACACGUGCGUGAAACCCACAUUUCUAGACCUCAGAGACAGGUUUACUAGACUGUACAGAAAGAAGGCUCAUCUGCAUCAUUACCUUCAAGUGGAUGGGAUGGAACAAAGCUUUUUUACAGACGCCCUCUCAUCAUUAUCCUCCCUAAUUGACGAAUACAACCAACUUGAUGUAUCUAAAGGGGUAGCUAUACCUGACGCUCCUAGAAUUAGCAUAGCAGUCUAAAAAUAUUUUAGAGAUAUAAAUAUUCUAUAAAUAUUUUAUUGUAUAAAAUAUGAAUGUGUUGUAUGUGAGGUGAUUGGAGACACUAUGAAAGUUACAUCCUGCAUUUAUGUGCAUGAAUGUUACCCGUCAUUUAUAAAAUGCUGCUCUUGUCUUUUCCUUGAGUAUUUUUAUACAGAGAACAAGCUCCUUUUUUAAAAUUUA